UCACGACAUUUAGAAAGGUUUUGUAUGCCAAUUGAAGCUCGUUAUGCCAUACAUAAGGAAGGUUAUAUUUUUGUUCUUUUACGUAUAGAAGUGGACCUGUCGUGUUCUGUCGAACGUCUUUUAAGUCUGGUAUUCCUUGGAUUAGUUCAACACUAUCUUAAACGGAUAUUGUCAUUUCACACAGACAAUGAAGAACUCGCACACACUCCUAUUGAUGAUAAUAGCUUUCGUUAUGGGUUUAGUGUGUCAAUAUAUGAACACGGUAACCUACGGUGCUCCGAAUUUGCCCGAACCGACGAUAAAGCGUGGCCAAAUUCUUAGAGAGAGUGCAUUUUUUGACGACUCGUACAUUUCGAGUCUGGUAUAUUCGCCUCGAUAUCCUGUUAGAACCUGUCAUACGAAUAUGACUUACAUAGACUUUAGUAGUAUUUUCUCAAUAAAAGAGACCUCUCGUGUUAACAAGUGUAUUUUGGAUCAUGAAGAGGACAUGGCAAAUGGACAUAUACAGGAAGCAGCAAAGCAGACUUUGCGGUGGUCAGAUCACACAUACCUAGACAGUGGAAGCUUCGUGAUAGAGGCUGGAGGUCACAAGGGGCUGGACGCCAGUCAGUUCAACUCCCGUUACCAUCCCGGAACCUAUAUUGUAUUAGAACCGGUUGCAAAGUUCUUUCAUGUGUUGAAGAAUAGAUUCAAAUCAUCUCCAAACGUGGUUAUUUAUAAUUUCGGGAUUGACGUUGCUGAUGGGGUAUUUUAUGUCAAUGAAGAAAAGAAUGAUGGAGCAUCUUUAUUUGUUAAAGACCAAAAGAAAAAGGGAACUUUCAAGGGAGCAAAAAUUGUAAGCGUUUCUAAGUUUUUCGAGACAUUGUCCGUGAAAAGUAAUGAGGUUGAUCUGAUAACGCUAAAUUGUGAGGGCUGUGAGUUCGCUGUAUUGGACUUGCUCCUCUCAACAGAUUACAUACGUCACUUCCGAAAUAUUCAGUUCCAACCUCAUAAACAUUCGAGAAUAUGUUAUCCCGUCAAACGAUUUUGCUGGUACCAAGAACUACUACAAAAAACACAUUCACUAAAAUUCCAGUUCAAAUUCAUAUGGGAGAGUUGGAGCAGAAGAUGACUUUGCUUUGAUUGUCCAAGUUUGCUUUUUCUUCAAUUUUGAGCUAUAUGCCACGUCGAAUUAUAUGAAACAAGAGAUUUAUAUAUUUUAUGAAUAAUUAGUUGGUUUAUGACAAAGUACUCAAACAUGAGUUUUCACGUUGUUGAGUUUUAAUAAUAAGGAUAUCAACUCACAUAUAUCUUGUCCAAGUUAGUUUCCAAUUUUAAAGGGCAUCGCGUUUGUAUGGCUGUUUGUACGUGGUCGUUUUGUUUGUGUAACAUUCUCUCAACAAAGAUGGCGGUUGAUAUAGAAACGGACAUGUCCGUCUGUCCAUGCACAUGUCGAAAUAUGUUUUUAUCAGGCGAAAGUUCAAAUCUGAGAAAUGAUAUUACUUGCCAAAGUGGUGUGAGAAGGAAAAUAUUCUUGCGGAUCGGAGUUCGACCUAUAUCUGUAUUUUCACUGAUAUAUAGCCAGUUGAUCUAUACGAAAAAUCAAUUCAGCACCACUGACGGGUCUUUAAAGGACACAACAUCGGUAUGGUGUUGUCUAAUUGAUGUUAUACUGAUAUAUCUAAUUCUCGGUUUCUUUUAAGGUGUUUAUAUCCUGUGUGUCUCUUAUACAAUCCUAUAAUAACAGCUAAAAACGUCUACAGUUAUUACUGUCAUAUAUUAUAAUUUCAUAGUUUAGCAAAUGGACAGCUUAAAGUGUUCAAGUAUUUUUAUUAUGAAAUUCCUUAUAACUUAUAAGUUCGACGUUUUAAUUAUCGGCAUAGAAUGCUAUUUUGUUCAAUGUUCAAACAUACUGCUGUUGUAUUUUUGCAUAGAUCAAAUGCUCAAAUUCCCCAUAGUUGAAGAGCCCAUUUACCUAUGAUUUUGAUGGAUUAAAAGCUCUGUGGCUAAGUGACAGGAUUCGAUCAUCUACCUGAGGUAUAGCUUUGUCUGAAAAGUUAUUUACGGAGAACAUAUCAGUAUAAGUCUUUUGUAUUUCGUCUGACCUGAUUGCACAGGAAAACAAUGUUCGCUUUGUACACAAGUUAAUUGAUCGAUCGAGGCGCGACUUGUCCUCGAACACAGUUAAUACAACAACGUGCAUAAAUUUAAUGACACAUUUAGAUGAAAACAUACCUUUAUUGACGCGAUU